ACAUUUGUGGCGCUACCCGGCAUUUCCGGCAUUCGCUGUUGAGUGCAAGGCCCUAUAUACGGCUAGGCAUAUGGGGCAAUAUCUUGUUGGGUAAGCUUAAUUUUUGUUGUUGAUUGAAACUUUUAUCAAACUUGAGCAAUGGCCUCCGUCAAAGAUAUCACAGCUGAGCUGAUGAAGAGUGACCUGUAUGAAAUGCUUGGCAUAGAGCAUACCGCUCAGGAAAGUGCUAUCAAGAAGGCGUACAGAAAGGCAGCACUGAAAUGCCAUCCUGACAAAAAUCCCGAUGAUCCGAAAGCUGCAGAGAUGUUCAUGAAGCUUUCAAAGGUUCUAGAGAUACUGUGUGACGCAGAUGCCAGGAAAACAUACGAUCAUUUGUUAAAAGCCAGGCAGGCGGCUGCGCUUAGAAGUCGAGAAUACGACAGUAAACGAAAAAAGCUUAAAGAUGAUCUUGAAGCUCGUGAGAGAGCAGCUGAAGUGAACAAAACAAACAUACAACAGGAUAUGGAAAAGUUGCAGGCAGAAAUUGAGCGGCUUAGGAAGCAGGGUUCCCGGCAGUUGGAGGAGGAGCAGGCGUUGAUGCGGGAGCAGCUGCGGCGGGAGCGGGAAGAGCUGACUAGGGGGACACAUGCCAAAGACGAAGCCGGAGACGACAGCUGUCGUCUGAAGGUCAAGUGGAAGCGAGCUCCAGCUGACGGGGUCGGCGAAGUUUACGAUCAGGACAAGCUCACGGCCCUGUUCUCGAAGUACGGAGAAGUCGCCGCAGCAGUAGUGUCGAAGAAGAAGAGCAGCGCCUUGGUGGAGUUCUGCGACCCACAGGCUGCCUCCAGGGCUGCUCAGCUCGAGAAGGGCUCCGCAGAAAAUCCCGUCACUGUGGAACUCGUUGGUCAGCGACGUGCUCAGGCGGCAGAGCCCGGGAGAGUGUCCGCAGCUCCAACGAGCGCUCCGCCGAUGUCGAGGUCAUCUUUCGACACAUUCGAGAGUUUGGUGCUGCGGAACCUUCGUCAGGCGGAGGAACGUCGGAAACUGACUGAGGCGUUACAGAAAGAGGACUCAUAAUCGUGCAUCAUUGAAUUUGCAACUCGUUUUUGUCAUUUUUUGACAUCGUGCAGUACCAUGUGUGUAUGGUGUUUCGUUGGAGAUUUUGUUAAUCAUUUUCACAUUUUCUUUAAAAUAUUUCCUGCUGCAUUUGGGGGCAUACGAGUAUGUAGUUCAUCAUUCAGCUGACGUAACGAUAGUUACCAAUGUAUUUCACAACCACAUGACUGUCGUGUAUAAAUGUCUCCCAUCCCAGGUGUUCCAUAUUCAGGCACGGUGGCGUCGUUACCGACACCACUGUCCGUCUGAGAUACGCUGACGGCGCCGAUCGUGUUUGGCUGUGCUGUGUCCAAUACCGCUCCGUCUGGACAUUAUGGUGGACAUUGGCGGCCGGCGGGCCGCCGUGCCAUCUGCAGCGCAGGCGUCAUUUGUAUGCAUUUGCGUCCGCAGAGCGAUAGUUUUAAUGGCACUUGGUCAGGCCACAAACGCCGCCCGCCCGCAGCUGGGAUACGAAUCGCUCCCAUAUGGUGGCCGCGGAGAGGGAACUAUGUCCGCGGGCCGCGCCUGUUGCUAUCGCAGGGCUCCCCCGUGGUUGGCGUCAGGCGUGGACUGUUUUCUAAUGUUGUGCCCAUGUGUAUGAUUGUGCGAGAGCUGUGCAGCAAUAUAGUCAUGAACUGUU